AUGUAUCGGUUCAUGGUGUGGUUCUUCAAGACCAUAACCUACAUCUUCUUUGAUGACAUAGAGAUAGUGGGCCAGGACAAAAUCCCCCUCGAGGGUCCUGUCAUCUUUGUGGGCAACCACCAGAAUCAGUUUGUGGAUGGCGCGCUGCUCAUGGCGCACUGCGUGCGGGAGGUGAGCUUCUUGGUGGCGGCCGUGUCCAUGAAGCGCUUCCUCGUGGGUGACCUCGCCCGUGCCUGCCGCGCCAUUCCCGUCGAGCGCCCCCAGGACGUCGCCAGCCUCGGGUGUGGCGUGGUGACCGGAAGCGGGAACGAGGUGAUCGGAGAGCGGACUAAUUUUACCGCUGAGUUCACCGUGGGCGAUUCGAUCAGCAUCAAGGGCCUCGAGCCGGCCCUCAUCACCGAGAUCGUGUCCGACGAGAAGCUCAUCGUCAAGACCCCGCACGAGCACCCCAUCACCGAGAAGAUGCCCUACAAGAUCUUCAAGAAGGUGGACCAGAGCAACGUCUACCAGCACGUGUGGGCCGCUCUCGGGCGCGGCGACUGGACCGAGCUGCUGCCGCUCAAAGCCGGCGUGACGCUGAUGGCGCUAGGCGCCGUCGACAAGUACAAGGUGCCCGUCAAGAUCGUGCCCUGCGGCCUCAACUACUUCUUCGGCCACAAGUUCAGGAGUCGCGUCGCGCUCGAAUUUGGUGAGCCCUACGAAAUCCUGCCGGAGAGCGAGCUUGUCGAGCAGUACCGCCACGACAAGAGGGCGUCCUGCUCCGCGCUUCUCGAGACCAUCACAGCUCGCCUGCGGAGUGUGACUCUGAACACGCCCGAUUACAAGGUGCUGCAGGCCAUUCACGCCGCACGCAGACUCUACCAACCGCCCAAUGUCAAGCUGCCGAUCGAUCAGUACCUGGAGCUGAACCGCCGGUUUGCCGAGGGCUACAUUCGGUUCAACGAGCACCCCCUGGUGAAGAACUCCAUCAAGGAGCUCUACGCCUACAUGAAGGAACUCAAGGACAACGGCCUGCGCGAUUACCAGGCACGCAACUUCGGCAUAGCCGACCAAAAAGCGCGCACACGACACGACACGACACGACACGACACACAAACCCGAACGGCACCCGCUCAUUCUGGCCCCACACCAAAGGUGGCUACGGUCGUGGACGAUGAAGAUGAAAACGAUGCAACGGAAGAGGACGAGGAGGAGUACAACAUUCGCUUCGACUGGGAGAAGAACAAGAAUCUGAUCUCGCCUCAGACGUUCUACUGGAACCUGCUGGUGAACUUUUUCUUCUUCGUCAUCCUCUUCCUCGUCUCCCUGCCGGGAACCCUGCUCAACGCGCCCGUGGGGUACAUCAUCAAGGAGAAGGCGAACAAGAAGGCGCGCGAAGCGGUCCGCUCCUCCACGGUCAAAAUCCGCGGCAAUGACGUCAUCGCCUCCGUCAAGGUACUGACGGCGUUGUGGAUGGUGCCGCUCACCUACACCAUCUACGCCACGCUUGCGGGGCUCUACACGGGUUCCUUCUUGGUCGCCGUCGCCGUGUGGCUCGUUCUUCCCUUCUUCUCCUACAUCAGCAUUCGAGUGAUGCAGCGCGGAGUGUUCACGUGGAGGGCGCUCUUGGCCGUUCGUACGCUCGCCCGCUCCGAGGCCAAGCUGCGUGCCCUGCAGAAGGAGAGGCGGCGCCUCGUCCGCGAGCUGCGCAAGGUCGUCGAGGAACUAGGCCCCCAGUUGGGUCCCGAGAUCUGGGAGCACCGCGUGAUCUCGCCCGAGGAGCUGGAGAGGGAGGACCACGAGAAGAACAAGCCCGUCUUCUACAAGCGCUCGUCCUACAUCCCCAACACUGUGAGCAGCGGCAAGGAGGACAAGAAGGACAAAUAG